UGGACUCAAGAGGGAGUUUAUUGCGCACGCGUGGGGAGGAACCGCGGGGCACGCCGGGAGCAGAAGCCCCGGAAUUGUAGAUGCUCCCUACCAAGCGUGGCUCUAUAUGUGUUCUGAGGAGCUAAAGUUCUCACACUUGAACAGUUUCUCGCCACAUGGCUGCCAAGGAAGCAACGGUCACAGUUCGCCUCAUUCGUUCAUUUGAACAUCGAAAUUUCAGACCUGUAGUAUAUCAUGGAGUUAAUUUGGACCAAACUGUGAAGGAAUUUAUAAUUUUUCUAAAGCAAGAUGUCCCUUUGAGGACCAGCCUGCCUCCGCCACUCAGAAAUUACAAAUACGAUACACUAAAGAUUCUUCAUCAAGCUCACAAAGCAAAGACGAAUGAGUUGGUGUUGGGUCUGGAGGACGACGACACACUCCUACUGAAGGAAGACAGAACGCUGAAGGACUCGGGGAUAGCCAGUGAGACUGAAAUUGCCUUCUUCUGCGGAGAAGAUUAUGAGAGAUACAAGGCUAAUCCCACCUCGUCCUGGUGAGCGUGCCGGCACACCUUCCCAUCCCGUCUUCCAAAGCGAGCUUUUUAAAUUGUCAAAUAAAGC